AUGCAUAAAUUAUGUAAAAAUUUUACAACUUUAAAUUUUAAUAUUUAUGCUACUGUUACAACACGAAUGGGUAAGAAAACUGUUGAGACAAAUGAAGAAACUACCUCAUUGAGAAAAUGUCAAAGAACUUUGAUUAUCACUGCUUUGAAAUUAAUUCGUGUCAUACGAGGUGACAUUAUCAGUUAUAUCGAUCUUCAACACCACCGGAUGCUAAGAAAAGAUUAA